AUGAAAUUGAAAAGGGGCGACCUGCAUUUGGAGCUGAUGAGGAUUUUCCUGCAGAGGCAGGUGGAGAAGAAGAAGGAGAGAGAACUGAAGGAGAAUGCAGUUGAGGACGAGACGAUGGAGCUUCCUUAUGGAGUCAUGGCUAUUGCACAAUCUUCGCCUACGAGUUUGCAGAGAAUUCGUGAGGGCGAUUUUCUGGAUGUGAAAAUCGGGGCGAAUUCGAAUUCAAACGGUAGUUUAUCCUUGCAGAGGCACUUUCGGUCAAAAAAUAUAGAACCCCUACCGAUUGGUACAAUGCAGGUUGUCCCGUUUGCGGAGAAUGUGAAGAAGAUGAUGAAGAUCAAGAAAUGCCAUUGGUGUAGGAGAAGUAAAUGUCCUAGCUUGAUCAGGUGCUUGACGUGCAGAAAACGAUUUUUUUGCCUUGAAUGUAUUAAAGAGAGGGCUUUUGAGAAGCAAGAAGUGAAGGCUAAGUGUCCCGCUUGUCGUGGGGCUUGUGUUUGUCAACUAUGCAUGAAACAGAAAUACAGAGCCAAUAAUUCUAAGGAUUCUUGUAGAGGUGGAAAGAAGUUGGAUAGAAAACAAUUGCUUCAGUAUUUAAUUCACACGCUUCUUCCUGUGUUGAGAAAAAUUAAUCACGAUCAGGCCAUUGAACUCGAAACAGAAUCUAAGGUAACAGGAAAUGAACAAGCUGAAAUUCAGAUUACUCAGAGUAAAUCAAAUAUUCACUCCAACAAAUGCAAAGCUUCAAUUGUGGACUACCAUAGGACCUGCACAAGCUGUUCGUAUAAUCUUUGCUUAAGCUGUUGCUGGGAAGUCUCUCCUCAUACUGUUCCUUCGAGUUUUACGCUCAGAAGUUGCAAGAAAAGGAAAAUCUCUUCUUCUGGCGAUGAGUUACCAUCUGAAAAGAAUAAUAUCCCAAUGCAAAACUGGGAAGCUGAAGAAAAUGGAAAAAUCCCUUGCCCACCAACAGAUAUUGGAGGUUGUGGUGAAAAUUCUCUCGAUUUAAGAUGCGUAUUCCCCUUUAACUGGUGUAGAGAUUUAGAGGUAAAAGCUGAAGAAAUAUUGUGUGAAUAUCAGUUUACAGAAAACUCGGAUGCUUCUCCUUGUUUGUGCAACAAUGUCAGUACUUUUAAUGGUGAAUCCAAAUCUCAUAGAGAACUUAAUCGGAAAAUCGGUAUUAAUGGGAAUAGUUAUCUCUACUGUCGUUUUGUGAAAGACCUUCAUCAUGAAAAACUCGAGCAUUUUCAGAGUCACUGGGUUAGGGGUCAGCCUGUUAUCGUACGAAAUGUCCUCUCGGGCCCCACAGGCUUGUGCUGGGACCCUUUUAACAUGUUAUGUUUGUAUUUGGAGAAUAAGAGCUCCGAAUCUCGUGAUGAAGGAGAUGGCUCGAAAGGAAGGAAAUGUGUUGACUGGUGUGAGGUGGAAAUUGACCGGAAGCAGAUAUUCAUGGGUUCGCUCGAGAAGAGAACUCAUGCAAUGGUACGGAAAAAAGUCAUAAAAUUCAAAGCUUGGCUUUCGUCACAUCUAUUUCAGAAGCAGUUCGCGGAGCAUUAUAACGAGAUAUUGAGUUCUUUACCGUUUCCAGUUUACGUCAAUCCGAUAUCUGGCCUUUUGAAUCUCGGUGCGAAUUUGCCAAAGGAUUUUCGAAUGCCUGAUUUAGGACCGUGCAUUGAUAUUUCAUACGGAGGUCCAGAUGAACUAUUGCAGGCUGAUUAUUUGUCGAACCUGUGUUAUCAAUCGCAUGAUACGGUUAACAUUCUCGCUUAUGCUACCGAUACUACAAUCUUACCAGAGCAAAUUAACAAAAUCGAGAGUCUGAUGAAAAAGUACAAGAACCGGAGCAAUUGUGCCUAUCAGAAAGGCAAGUCACCUUUGCAGAGUGAGGACACGGGUGAAUCGGGCUUGCAAGACAAUGGGGAAAAUAAGAUUUUGCCGGAUGGAGUCGGAAAUUUACCGUUUUACCAUCACAACGUUGAAAAUGGGAAUCUGUCGGAUGAUGGCGAAGAAUCUGAUGGCGAGGCGUCGAUUCUUUGCUGUGGGAGUGUUGAAAACUCCGAAGACUCUUCUGACGAACUUUCUCAAGGGGAAGACAUAGAUAGCUCGGUUUUCAACAAGGAUAAUAAUCGAGGGGAUGAUGAUAUAUGUGGGGCCCAGUGGGACAUUUUUCCUCGUCAAGAUGUACCGAAACUUUUGGAGUAUCUUAGGAGACAUUCGAAGGAGCUCGGCUCUGCAUCAAACUACUCUAAACACCAGGUUCAUCAUCCCAUUCUUGAUCAGAAUUUCUUUCUCGAUGCGUAUCACAAAUUGAAGCUCAAAGAGGAGUUUGAUAUUCAACCAUGGAGUUUUGAGCAAUACAUUGGAGAAGCUAUCUUCAUUCCUGCUGGAUGUCCAUAUCAAAUAAGAAAAAUAAAGUCAUGUGUUAAUGUCGUUUUGGAUUUCAUCUCGCCUGAAAAUGCAACUCAGUGCAUUCGGCUGAAUGAUGAGAUUCGUUUACUGCCUAAACGGCACCAAGCCAAAGGGAAAGUGAUGGAGGUGGAGAAAAUGGCUCUUCAGGGAAUUAGUUCGGCAAUCGAAGACUUACGCAACCUCAUGCAUGUCGAUCAACCUCUGUAUUCGGUACUCUCAAAAUCGACCGGUGUGCGGCGACCUUGGAGCGGCGAAGGCGAGCGGAAAGGCAGCGGCGAAGGAGACGGCAACCGGCGAGACAUUGGAGCGGCGAGCGGCAAGGCAGCGGCACAGAGAGUGACUCCGAGCGGCAACGAUAAGGCAGCUUCCAUUCCGCCCUACACAGCUCUCUACGAAGCUAUCAUGGCGUCGAUGAUUUCCGAGACGCUCCCAAAAUUCACGGCUGAAACCCUUAAGCUUGCGGCGAAGCAAUCCGAACGCUGCCGCGUGAUUCCAGCCCGCCUCCGCCUUGCCAUCGACAGGUAUCUUAAAGAGCAACAAGUUGAGAACAUGAGGAGGAAAGUGCUGAGCUUGUCCCAAUCAUUCAAUGGAAUCAAGGAAGUGAAUUUGCUCUUGCCGAGCUCGACCUCAAAGGAGCUUGUGGAAGAUCCAUUCAAAUCAAUGGAGCGCUCACAGAGGUGGAAAGUCAAGACUGCUUAUGGAGACAUUGGUCUCAAGUACCAAGAAGAGCAGGCAAUAGCAUAUGUUGCCGCUCGUAUGCCUGCAGUCUACUCGGCUCUCUAUCGUGUGCUCAAUGAGGUCAGAAGAAGAGUUCCAGAUUUUACUCCAUCGAAAGUGCUAGAUUUUGGGGCAGGAACUGGUUCAGCAUUAUGGGCAAUCAUGGAGGUGUGGCCUGGGUAUUUGGAGCACAUUAAUUUGGUCGAGCCAUCACAAUCAAUGCAAAGAGCAGGACAAAGCCUAGUGAAAGAUAUAGAAAAAAUGCCAAUAAUUCAAAGCUACGACAGCAUCCAAUCAUUGACUAAGCAUAUCAACAAGUCCGGCAGACGGCAUGAUCUGGUCAUUGCUUCAUACGUUCUUGGAGAGAUAUCAUCGUUGAAGGACAGAAUCACUCUUGUGCGCCAGCUCUGGGAUCUUACAGAUGAUAUUUUGGUUUUGGUUGAACCUGGAACACCUCAAGGAUCAAAUAUAAUAUCUCAAAUGCGAUCACACAUCUUAUGGAUGGAAAAGAGGAGAACCCGCAAAUUGCAGAAUGGAGCGAAUAAGGCCUCUAAGGAUUUGAUGACCCUCAAAACUGGUUCAUUUGUUGUUGCUCCUUGCCCCCAUGAUGGACCUUGCCCAUUACAGAAUACAAACAAAUACUGUCAUUUUGUUCAACGUUUGGAGAGGACACCAUCUCAGCGGUCGUACAAGCGGUCCAAGGGUCCAUUACGUGGCUUUGAAGAUGAAAAGUUUUGUUAUGUAGCUUUCAGAAGGGGCACAAGACCAAGAGAGCCUUGGCCACUUGAUGGUAUGAAGUUCGACACGUUGAAAGAGGUACAAGCUAAGAGAGCACCGGAAGACUUGGAGAUUGAUAUGGAUAGCCAAUUUGAUACUGAAGAGGAAAUUACAGCCACAAAGAACGAUGAUGGUGAUAAUGCAGAUCAAGAACCAGAAAAUGGCGAUUUUGGCGAUUAUAAUGAUGAUGAAACAGAUGAAAGCUCGAGAGCUGAUCUGGGGAGUGGGUGGGGAAGGAUUAUUUACAUGCCCUUUAGGAGGGGAAGACGAGUCGAGAUGGAUGUGUGCCGAGCCACAAAUGACGAGGGCACACAAGGCUCGUUUGACCGUGUGGUGGUUACACAGAGUGAGAACCCUGAUCUGCAUCAUCAGGCCCGUCGAUCUCUUUGGGGUGACUUGUGGCCGCUUAGGAGUGGAAAAGUUUCCAAAUUCCAUCUGUAG